AUGAAACCAGAAGCCCUUGCUGGCUCUGAGAACAUCACUGAUACCAAAUUCUCUGUCUUCCUUCCACAGAACUCUGGGAAGGGGAAAAGCAGGGAAACACAAAUAGUUAAAAGGCAGUCUGCAAUGACUGACAGCAACACACAAAGAGAUUUAUUGAAAGAGAAGCUUGAUCAGCUUCAGUAUCACUUCACGUGGGGCCCUCAGAAGGGAACCAUUGACUUGGAAGAUGAGAUCAACACACCGGGAGAUUUAUUGAAAGAGAAGCUCGAUCAGCUGCAGUGUCACUUCACAUGGAGGCCACAGAAGGAAACUAUUGACUUGGAUGAUCUGAUAUACAGACUGCAAGAUUCUAACCAUAUGAAUUUGAAGUAUAAAGAGCAGUUUUGUAACCAACUUGCUUUUGUAAACUGUCUCAACACACCGGGAGAUUUAUUGAAAGAGAAGCUCGAUCAGCUGCAGUGUCACUUCACAUGGAGGCCACAGAAGGAAACUAUUGACGUGGAAGAUGUGAUAUUCAGAUUGCAUGAUUCUAUCGAUAUGAAUUUGAAGUAUAAAGCGCAAUCCUACAACCAACUCGCUUUUUUAAAUUGUCUGCAAGGCAAUUGUGAAGAAGCAAUUCAAAAUUUAAAGGAAGGUGAAAAGAUUCUGAGGGAGAACCACAAAGAUGAAUUUGAAAGAAGAAGCAUUAUCACAUAUGGAAACUUUGCCUGGGUGCAUUACCACAUGGGACAGCUGACCGAGGCCCAGUCCUAUCUCGACAAGCUGGAGAUGAUCUGUAAACCGCUCAGUGAUGGCCCUCGCUAUACAGCAAUGAUACCCGAGGUGUACGGGGAGAAGGGAUGGUCACUGUUGAAUUCUGCUGCUGAAUACUAUGAGGAGGCAAAGGAAUGCUUUGCAAAGGCUCUGGAGCAAGAUCCUGACAACACUGAGUGGAUAAUGGGAUAUGCAACCGCACUUUCUCGUCUGGAAUCAAUAUCUGGAACCCCAGAGAGUCGGGAUCAGAGUCGGUCAGUGAAGUAUUUCCGACGAGUACUGGAACUUGAUCCAGAUGAUGCUGUGGCCAUGGUGCUGUUGGCUCUAAAACUACAGAGGUUAAGGCAAAAUGAGAAAGCAAAUGAAUUAGUUGAACAAGCAUUGCAGAAGACCCCAGAUCUGUCAUAUGUGCUUCGUUAUGCUGCAAAAUUUUAUAGAAAAAAGGGAUCUGUGGAGAAAGCAAUCGAGCUCUUGAAACAAGCAUUAGGAUUAACUCCACACUCUUGUUUCUUACACCACCAACUUGGAUUGUGCUACAGAAGUAAGCUGAACUACACUCGUUGCAAAUAUCCUCGCAAUCCUGUAUUUCAUCAGAAAGCUGAGUUGAUCAAUCUAUGCAAGUAUCAUUUUGAAAAAGCUUUUGAUCACCGUCGAAGGUCAUUUAUUAAAGCACAACUGGACUUUGCAGACAUCUGCAUAACUAGUGGGGAAUAUUCCAGAGCAGAGGAGACUUACCGUAGAUUGGUGGAGUUAGUGGACAUUCGUCCAGAGAAUAUGCAGAGCAUUUGUCUGGAAGCUGGGUUAUUUGAACUGCACCAGAAAAGAUCUGAAACAAAUGCUGUUUGCCUCUUCCUGAAAGGAGUGAAAAUUGAUUAUAACUCAAUAGAACGGCAAACAUGUCGAACGAAUUUGGAAGAGUGGGUAGAGAGGAAGCUUCUUGUAAAUGCACAUGACAGCAAGGCUCUUGGUGUCAAAGCAUUUCUGUAUCAACUGGAUGGGAUCAAGGGUAGAGCAAUUAAAUACUUUGAGAAAGCCCUGAAGUUUGAUCCUGGCAAUGAGGAAUACGUGAGUGCUCUUUUUCAGUUACGUAUCUGA